CAAUGUACAUUGGUAAAUUCUGGCUCCUUCUCAGGCUCAGGUUGGCCACCCCUGGGCUAGAGAUAUCUGACAAGGAGAGAGCUGCUAUGCCAUGCCUGGCCACAAAGAGGUGCUAGUGGUGAGUCAGCCCCUUCACAUACACUUCUAAUCCAUCCCUUACUUGCCCCGGAACUGAGGGCUGCAAAAGGGAUAUGAUGCAAGAUGUAGCCUCACGCUCCCAGGGUUUAUUCCCAGGGGGCCAUUCUGCCUCCUUUAUGGCCUUUACAUGCUGCUGGAAUGCAGUGAAGAGGCCACAAAAGGGGAGAGACUAGGGGCCCAUUUCCCUCACUAAAUAGAUUAGUUUAUAACUUGUAAGAAAUAAAGCAAAGGUGAUUUUAAAUGUGCUAUGCUAUAAGCAAGGUCAGAUUUCCUGAAGCUGGACGCUUGACACAGCUGUCUUGCCAGGAUUGCAUCAUCUGUGUGUUGAUCCAGCAUUCCUCUCUUCUCCCAAUUCCCCCUCACUCCCCAAAGAUUGUCUCUGCUCCAGGCCUCAUUCUCUUUGCAUGAAAUCUUGGCAAUAUCUCCCUUGCUUUAAGUCUGGCCUCGGCUUCUUCUCAUAUUGCUGCUGGUUUACACGUCCCCUCCCUUUCUCUUACAAAGCCCCCAUUCUUUCAGAUGCAGAACUAGAGCACUAUUUCUACUUCAAACCACAAACCUUUCCCCCCACGCCCAUCAUCUCCCACCCCCUCCUUUUCUUUUACAGUCCGUGGCCCCGAAUGGCUCUUCUUUUGCAAAAGAUCAUGCAAGGCGAAAAAAUCACCCUCAAAAGUGCACACGUGGCAAGCUGCAUAAGCAAUAUGUGACCAACGCCCCAAAUGCCUUCUGCAGAGUUAGGAAGGAAUAGGGUUCAACCACGAGUCACAUAAAUUCAUAGCGCUGAUUACAUCCCUGCUGCAAACACCACAUCAGUGCUGGCGAAAUGCUGGAUUUAGGUGCAGAAACAGGCUGGUUAUCAGGGAGCGACUCACCGGCUGAUAUAGUCUAGGUAGAGCUGGUCAAGAAACAUAUGGUUUUGUGUUUUUUCUUUCCUCUGCCAAAACUUUGGAUAAAAAAGGUUUUUUUGUUUUCAUCCAAUUUUGCAAGGGGGGUGUUUGUCAAAUAACUGAAAACCAAAAAGUUUUAGGUCUGGGGGCUUUUAAACAAUGAAAAUCCACAACUUUUAAAAAAAACACAACUUUUCUGUCUUCCUGGACAUUUCCAUUUGGUCGAAAAUAAUUUUUCAUCAAACUGAAGUUCUGACAGAAAAUUUUCAGCCUGCUCUCGUUGGUAAAAACGAUCCCCCCAACAACAGGGGCACUGGCCAAGUACUGUAGUCUCAGUGCUUAACCACAGGGUAUUUGCCCCACAGACACGAUUACAAAACCAGAUAUAUAGGUGAGUACAUACAGGAAAUCUUUCAAAUUGGUAUCAAAGCCAAUCACGCUACAGGCACAGCCCUGCCCUGCCACUGUAGUUAUUAACACUUGUACUAUAAACAGCCCCCAAUACUUUACCCUACAAGCGCAGUCCCCUCACAUACAUACUCAUAUGUAUACUCAUACUCAUGGCCUGCAACCAUCCUCUCACAACACCCACAAGUCCUACCCACAUCACCACACACACUUCCCCAUCCCUGUUCACACAUCUUGACACAUACUAUACUAAGCACACGCAAUCACAUAUUUGUGGAGACAACUGCGGAUGUGGAAAUUGAUACAUAGACUGUGAGGAGCAGCCCUGAUGCAACUCAGUCAUGUCAGAGGAGAAUAUGUGUCCCUACACAUGGGUUGACCAUACUUUGAGCAUAUGAUGCUAGGGAUAUUUUUUACUGAAACAAAAUUUUUUUUUUUGCAUCUGCUCCAAGUUCAACCAUGGUGAACUAUGCACCACUCAAGCCACUGACAUCAGUGUGGACCCAGGAUGCUAUGUCCUCCCCAAUCUCUUUUCUGUGAUGCAAUGUAUGGCUGAACGCAUCUAUGACCCGACUUUUCUGAAGUGCUCGCCCUUCAAACCUCCAGCUGAAUCUUAUUGGAGCUGCAGGGGCUCAGCGCCUUUGAAGAUCAGGCCUAAAAUGGGAACAUAGUGUUUUUGGAAUGUCUGGAUCAGCAGCUCAAGGAGCUCUGACAGGUCUGGUGUAUGGGAAUGGAAUGGUUGGUGUGACAGGCCAAUGUCCUACAUUCUAACUGACUGCUACCCCUACCCAGAAAUAGUAAGUUCUUCUGGGUCGUUCAGUUGAGGUCCAAGUGAGACAUACAGUAGAGCAGCGAUAGGUGCCCUGUCUACAGAGCAUGAUGUCUCCAUUGGGAUUGACUCGUCUUUCACGCUGGCGAGCACUGGUGUAAUUCGAGAUUUGUGUGAGUUAGUUCUGGUGCUCACUAGAGCAAGUCAGAGUAAAAUCAAGUCCCAUGUCUCCAGGGAAAGCAAUUGCGGAAAGGUAGGUGCAAGUGAAAGGGCCAGCGUGAACAGCAGCAGACUAGGAAAGGGGAGAGGAACUUUGGAUCAUUUCCAGCUGUUCCGAGCCACACCUAUGCUCAACCCCAAGUCAGGCAGGGGUAGAUCUAUUAGGGAUUUAGCAGUGAAUCGUCUUGAAGAAGGAAACCAAAUAGCGAUAUCUUGCAAUACCACGUGCACAGAAAGGGGGAGAGACGAAGGGGCCAGGCUGCAAAGAGGAGGAAAUGGAAGGAGACCUGUGCAGCUAUAAAUGCCAUUGGUAGUUGUGACCACUCUGCUGAAGUACGAGCUGGUUUGGGGAGAAAAAGGGUUUGCCCAACUCUUACAAGGACUUAGAAGCAACUUGUGAGAGACCAGUUCCAUGCCAACCACUUACAUCUCAAAAGGGGGCCAUUGUCAUGAAGCAUCCUGUCAUAGUUGGAGUCCUCUGUGGCUGGAAACGCUGUCUGGUGGUACUCAUGCUGUGACUGGUCCAUGAGCUACAUCCAGCAGUCUCGUGUCCAUUUCAACAUAGUCUUCUGGAUGCCAGAGAAGACAUCACUAGAACUAUGAAAGCCUCCUCUUGCAAGUGACACCAUCCAGUGCUGAUGGCAGAGAAGGAAUCAGGGCUCGCCAAGAGGAGCUGCUGUCAAGUCUGCUAGCAUUUGAAGACCCAGAUCUCAGGAAGAUUAACGUUCCCCAGUUCACAGGAGAUGGUCACUGACUCAUUUUGCCAUCGUGCUGUUACACAAGCUGCACUAGUACCACUGAAUGUUACUGCUGAUCCAUGGAGGGCAUUGCCGUGCCUUCUGGCUUAGACAUGGCCAAGCCCCAGCUCCUGGAGUCAGGUGGAUAUGGGAUGAUUUCAGCCUUCAUUCUUAAAGAAAAAGUAAGUUUCUAGCCCUUGUGACUGUGGCAAAAGCUUCAAAAUGUGACCCCAGUAAAGCCUAAAGGCUCAAAAAGCGGAAGGCCACCUCAAAAAACACCAAAUCUAUUAUUUUUAAAUAAUCUCAUUAUUUUUAAGCCAAUCUCAUGAUUUUUCAUGAGCCUGACUUAUGACUUUUGAACAUUUGGGGUUGACAAUACUGCGAAAGUAACUUGAAAUUGUCAGUCUCACUCCUGUUUAAGGUCAGUUUCUAGUCUAUUAUUUGCAGUAUGGUAACACCCCUAGAGCCCCAGGCAGGUGCAGUAUAAACUCAUGGGGCCUUCACCUAAAUAGGAUGUUUUCAAAAGUUGAAUGAUCUAUUCCAUGCUUCGUGAACUGCAGAAAGUAAGUAGCCUAAAUGAUAGAAAGCAAUCUAGACUUUUCUACAACUGUUUCAAUUGUUGUAUUCAAGAAUAAGACUAUGAACUAAAAUUUUAAACCUAACUGGGUGUCCCUUAAGUGACUUGACACAAGAUGUCAGAACAUGUUACUAUUAGAGCUGAGUGGGUCUAAUAUUUAUUUAAUUUUCUUUCUUUAUAUAAGAAUUAGAUACAGUGCUCCUGUCAGCUAAUUUCUAAGUUAUUAUCUGCAAAAAAAAAAAACCCUAGAGUUUUCAGGUGCCUAAGUAGCCCCUGGAAUCACAAUUAAAGUUGCUCCCCGCCACACACAAUCUGAAAUGGUGCCUCUGGCUCCUCUCAUUGUCUGCUGGGGGACAUGGAGGGGAUUGGUGAAGGAGAAGUUGUGUUGGGGGUAGAUAGGAGUGUCCGACACACACAGCACUCCAGUGAAUUGUUGGCUGGCAGAGUAUAUAGAAUCAUAGAAUCUCAGGGUAGGAAGGGACCUCAGGAGGUCAUCUAGUCCCACCCCCUGCUCAAAGCAGGACCAAUCCCCAAGUUUUGCCCCAGACCCCUAAAUGGCCCCCACAAGGAUUGAACGCACACCCCUGGGUUUAGGAGGCCAAUGCUCAAACCACUGAGCUAUCCCUCCCCCUGAGUCAUCCAGGUGGCAGUCCCAGGCUUGGGAAACUGCUUUCUGUCCAUGACAGUGCCAGAAUUGAGGGAGCAGAAAUGUGGCUUAAAACUAUUCUUCCUCUCCACUCUGCUGUACUGUGCAUAAACUCAGCCCAGUCCAAGGUUUGGCCCUGUGCCGCUAAGGGUCAGAGUAGAAUGGUUAGAUUUCAGCCUUUCUUCCAUCUCACUUUUCUAUCUUUCUCUCUCUUUCUUGCUCUCUCUCACUUGCACAUGUUUUAGUUCUCUAAAUUGCUGAGGAUGUGUUGGAGAACAGCUGUGUUUAUUAGGAGCUAACAGAGCCCAAUUUUUUCUCCUUUGCAUGCUCUUGUGGUGGCAUUGAUCUGACCUAUAUUUCGAGAAUAUAUUGGCAUGGCUACGUUUGAUGCCUUAAAUGUUGUUAUUACACCUCUGUAGUUCUAACUGCAGGGCCAUUCCCUGACUCAACUGCUACAAAAUAAAAUCUAGAUUCUGAAGCCUGCUUCUUAACCCUGCUGUUGGGGAGUUCAGGCAAUCAGUUUCCCCUCACUACCCCUUCAUGCAUGCUAGGGACCCCUUCCACAUUCGUUAUCUUCCAUAUCAUGAUCAUGUCCCCACUGGUGUUUCUUCUUUCUAAACAGUCCUCGUCUCUUCAUGCCUGUAAUCAUUUUCAUUUCCCUCUUCUGAGUCCCUUCUAUUUCUGCUAUGUGCUGACUGAAAUGAACACAGUUUUCCAGGAGAGGGCAUCCCAUUGAUUCAUAGAACAGGUUGUUUUCUAUUAGAGCCUUGCAAAUAAUGGAUUUUUUCAGUUCACUGGUAAUUCUGAACAGUUACCAAAAAGAAAUGUUCAGGUCCACACAAAAUGUUUGUAUUGAUUGAGUAUUUUUUGUUUGUAAUUUUUUUAAAAUGUGAAGUAAACAUUGAAGCAAAAAGUUGUCGCUGACCAAAGAAUUUAAAUGUUUCGUUUCAAUUUUUUGAAUGUGUCCAGUAUGGCAAAAAAGACACGAAUUCACCAAAUGUUUCCAUGUUGCCAAAUCUCAUUCUGUCGCCAAAAGAAGAUUUAGCUGACAAAUGUCAGCCAGCUCUAUUCUCUCUCCCUUACUUAAUAUGUCCAAAUGAUUCGCUUCUUUGCCCCCUGCUUGUGAAUUAAGCAGAGGUUUAGACUGAGCUGCCCAGUUUUUUCUUGAGUGGUUACAGUUAACUGAGAACUCAUCAGUGCAUACGAGUAGGUCAGUUUGGUCCUUCCAGUGUACAAGACUUUGCACUUGUCUACACUGACCUUGAGCUGUAUGGCACAUUCCUUCCCACCUCUAUUAAUUCAAUUGAAAAAAGUCCAAUAGCUCCAUUGGCGCAGGUUAAAACCCUUGGCUCACUGGCUUGGAGCUGUUUAGAUCUGGCUGCUGACUGGAUGGAAGGGACUUUGCCUUUGAGGAAACCUCCGACAAGGAUCUCAUGGCUUGUGAUGAAGAGCAUGGUGGAAAGGAAAAUGGCAGGAGGAGGGAGGAAGGCUAACUAUUUUGUGGAGGUUACUUUACCAGAGGAUGGAACAUCACUAGCUUGUUCUGUUGGGUUCAACAGGCUUAGAUUAUUCUGUUGGGUCUAUCAGGAAGGUUCCUCUUCUCCUCUGCAUCUGGUUAGGUGUUUGGAACCAUCUCUUUCUGAUGUGGAAUACCUCUCAGCAAGCUGUGCCUUUGUCCCUUCUAACUGGGCUCUCCAUUGGGCUACUUGUGGUGUGUUGGAAACUGGUACAAAUGACAAGCCAUCUCUUUAACUGUGAGGACCUUCCAGGACUUGUUAUAGACAAGGGCACUCUGAGGGAAGACGUGAUCUGGGUUGUCCGAGUCAGUCAGCAGAAAGUCUGGAUGGAUCCAGCUUAAAGCAAGGUGGGGUGAGUUGUCUCUCUGCUUUAGGGAGCAGACUCUUUCCUCUGUCUCUCUGUUUUUGGAUUCUUAUAUAUUAUCAUUCUGACUUCUAAGAAAGAAAGUAGUCUUACGCUGCAACCAUCCAGCAAGAGUAUUUAUGUCUUUUAUCUAACUUCUCUGAGUGUGUACACUGUGAACAUAACUCUUGGAACCAGCUGGAAGCCACAGCUGGUGCAGAAUGAAUUGGCCCAUCUGUCAGGCAGCGAUAGCCAAUGGAGACCUGUUAGCCCAGUUCAACAACUGCACUGGCAUUGAUUUUGAUUUGUAAUUCACUAUAAGGCAUGGGCCUUGGCUGCCUGUGAAGCUUUCUCAUUCCCUGCUCCAGGCCUCUCGGGGAGCCUUGGAAAUAUUUUGAAAAGUUUGAAAUAAAAUGUGGUUUCAACUUUUUCAAAGUAAAAUUUCAGAAUUCCUUUUCCACAGGAAAUUUUGUCUUUAGUUCUGUUUCAGAACAAUUUCUUCUUUUGAUUUCAGAAUUUCACAGUUUUCAGACAGUUCUAAUUUUAACCCUUUGGCUAUAGGCCUCUCCUCAGACCCUGUGAGUGGGAUACAGCCAUUGCAAUGAAUUGGGAUGCUAUCGCUCAUCUGGCAUGUUCAGCGGGCUCAUUCUGUCUGCAUAGGCUUGGUGCAUUCAGAAAAAACAUCAGGUAGAAAUCCUGACCCUGCUGAAGUCAAUGGGAGUUUUGCCACCGAUUUUGGUGGGGUAAGAUUUCACACCGUGUGUCUUCUACCUUGAGGUUGCUUUUCAGCAGUACAUCAGGCAUGUUCUGCUGUGAUUCAGCAGCAUGGCGUGUGGGUAUUCUAGCUGGAUCUUGCUGGUACAUGUGGCAGCAGCCAAGUGUUAAAGACAUAAUGUUACCACACAAGGAGGAUUCCUUGGUUUCAAGUGGUGAGGUCUGUAAUGGGCUAAUGCUACAGUAAGAAGACUUGUUUAUGCACCUUUGGUUCAAGAUUUGAAAGGACAGUGGAAGUGAUGGUAGAGAUGGAGGCAUACCAGCCCAUUCUCUAAGACAACCAUAGUGAAACACAACUUUGCAAUAAGAAGACAAUGGCAUGUGCCAAGAAGCAGAGAGUAAUUUAAUUACUUCUGUAGAUGUCAUAAAUACAAGGGAUGAUUUAUCCUCGUUCCCUCCUGGGGGUAUUGGACAGGAAGGAAUUUACCUGAAACCAUUGAGAAAGAAGAAAUGAAAAGAAAAUUACAAAACAAAAGAAGAGAAUAGAGACUGCUUCAACUAUUAUUGAUUCUUAUUUGUCCUGGGGUAAUGCCUAAAGGCCCUAUUAAAAAUCAAGGCCCAUUGUGUUAAGUACUGUGCACACAUGUGUUACAAAGUUGAUUCUUGCCCCAAAGAGUUUAUAAUCUAAGUAAGAGACAAUGAGCCACAUUGUCCCCUGAAUUUUGACUGCUUAGGCCAAGGAUUAGUUUGGCCUACUGCAUUACAUAGGAGACUGCAUCUCGUGGAAAGGUGUCUUGUAGUGGACUCAGAGAGACCUGCAUCAAAUGAUGCAUCACUACACAGGUCCCAGAACUCUCACAUAGUGACUCCAAUGUGUUUAGGUCAGAGAGCACAUAGCACACUGGGGUGCUGUUCCUUGACUGGGGCCUUAGGAAUUACUAAAUACAAAUAAUAACACAAUUCCAGUGAAGAAUCCGUGGCUUCCCCCUAAAGUCCUGUGAAGCUGAAGCUGAUCAGCAGCAGGUUCUUCACUGAUAUCUCUCAAGAAGACAUUUCCUUUAUGUGUUCAAGCACGUCAAGAAGCUAUAGCUCAAUCUGUAGGAACAUUCAUGGAAUGUGGAGGGAGGAGCAUAGGUUGCAGGAUGGAAGAGUUUGAAGGAGGCACCAGGAAGUCAGUUCAUGUGCACAUAGCAUGCUGGCUGCAGUUGCAGCAUCUCUGUAAAUAGGUCUCUUAAUAAAGAGCCCAGUUUAGUUUUAGAAACAUGGAGUCUUCUCAUGUUGUUACCCAGCAUACAGUACAUGAAACCCAAUCCAACUCCCAUUCAGGUCUACAGAAAGGCUCCCACUGAAAUCAGUGGGAGUUCGAUCAGGCCCUGUAUACAGUAGUGGACCUUAAAUUGAAAACCUUUUUGGAAAGUCUUUAGAAUUUAACAGGGAUGUAAUCAGUGGGAUUCUAUAGAAAUGUAUUGGGUUCUAUGAAGUGACAAUGACAAAAGAAAGGAUGCUAAAAAAUUGAAGAGAAGAAUGAUUUGAGGACUGGAAGACAUCCCAUAGAGAGAGACUUAAGUCUCUCAGUCUCUUUAGUUUAUCAAAGGCUAAGAGAUGGCUUGAUCACAAUCUAUCCCCUGGUCUACACUAGGACUUUAGGUCGAAUUUAGCAGCGUUAAAUCGAUGUAAACCUGCACCCGUCCACACAAAGAAGCCCUUUAUUUCGACUUAAAGGGCUCUUAAAAUCGAUUUCCUUACUCCACCCCUGACAAGUGGAUUAGCGCUUAAAUCGACCUUGCCGGCUCGAAUUUGGGGUACUGUGGACACAAUUCGAUGGUAUUGGCCUCUGGGAGCUAUCCCAGAGUGCUCCAUUGUGACCGCUCUGGACAGCACUCUCAACUCAGAUGCACUGGCCAGGUAGACAGGAAAAGAACCGCGAACGUUUAAAUCUCAUUUCCUGUUUGGCCAGCGUGGCAAGCUGCAGGUGACCAUGCAGAGCUCAUCAGCACAGGUGACCAUGAUGGAGUCCCAGAAUCGCAAAAGAGCUCCAGCAUAUACCGAACGGGAGGUACGGGAUCUGAUCGCUGUUUGGGGAGAGGAAUCCGUGCUAUCAGAGCUCCGUUCCAGUUUUCGAAAUGCCAAAACCUUUGUCAAAAUCUCCCAGGGCAUGAAGGACAGAGGCCAUAACAGGGACCCGAAGCAGUGCCGCGUGAAACUGAAGGAGCUGAGGCAAGCCUACCAGAAAACCAGAGAGGCGAACGGCCGCUCCGGGUCAGAGCCCCAAACAUGCCGCUUCUAUGAUGAGCUGCAUGCCAUUUUAGGGGGUUCAGCCACCACUACCCCAGCCGUGUUGUUUGACUCCUUCAAUGGAGAUGGAGGCAAUACGGAAGCAGGUUUUGGGGACGAAGAAGAUGAUAGCUCACAGCAAGCAAGCGGAGAAACCGGUUUUCCUGACAACCAGGAACUGUUUCUCACCCUGGACCUGGAGCCAGUACCCCCCGAACCCACCCAAGGUUGCCUCCUGGACCCAGCAGGAGGAGAAGGGACCUCUGCUGCAUGUGUUUCAAUGAUCACAGGAUCUUCUCCUUCCCAGAGGCUAGUGAAGCUUAGAAAGAAAAAAAAAAGCACUCGCGAUGAAAUGUUCUCCGAGCUCAUGCUGUCCUCCCACACCGACAGAGCACAGACGAAUGCAUGGAGGCAAAUAAUGUCAGAGUGCAGAAAAGCACAAAAUGACCGGGAGGAGAGGUGGCGAGCUGAAGAGAGUAAGUGGCAGGCUGAAGAGAGUAAGUGGCGGGCUGAAGAGAGGGCUGAAGCUCAAAUGUGGCGGCGGCGUGAUGAGAGGAGGCAGGAUUCAAUGCUGAGGCUGCUGCAGGACCAAACCAGUAUGCUCCAGUGUAUGGUUGAGCUGCAGCAAAGGCAGCUGGAGCACAGACUGCCACUGCAGCCCCUCUGUAACCAACCGCCCUCCUCCCCAAGUUCCAUAGCCUCCACACCCAGACGCCCAAGAACGCGGUGGGGGGGCCUCCGGCCAACCAGCCUCUCCACCACAGAGGAUUGCCCAAAAAAAAAGAAGGCUGUCAUUCAAUAAAUUUUAAAGUUGUAAACUUUUAAA